ACAAUGCAAAUGUAUUUUCAAAGAAAACCCAUAUCUUGUCGAAUUGCGAGAAGAUGUGAAGCUCCUGAUUGACGUCGCUCUAGAAUAUCUCAAGAAACGAGUCAGGAACCACAAGAGCAAGCAAGCGAAGAAAGGCGAACAGAGCACCCAAGACGAGAACCCUGAAACAGGGGAUGAGAACUGGACGGAUGAUGAAGCAAUGAAAAUAUUUCUGUCCAUUGUUAAAGUGUUGCAGAUCAAUUUUCCGUUGUAUAAAGUUCACAAGAUUUAUGCUGCGGUAAGUAAGGGUCAAUGUCCCGAUCGGAUGUUAAAGAUUUUUUGUCUCCUUAUUUCGUAUUUUCAUUCUUUCCAAUUUCAUCUAGGCACAAAUCCGAUUGGACAAAAAGUUGACAAGCAAAUAUUGUGAUAUAAACGUAUGUUUGUAUAACUGGACAUAAUCUCACUUUGUGUAACCUUAAAGGCUAGCUAUAGUAACAAAUUUUUCGCUAACUUCGCAUGCAUUUAGUCUGAGUUUCUGAAGCAGAGAAAAAAACAAAGGUAAUGGACCAAUCCCCAAUUAACAAAAAUUUUGAUCUCAAUAAGUCUAGACAAAAUUCCUUCAUAGCAUGAAAGAGCAUCACAAAAUUAGUAAUAUUCCAAAGUUUCGUUGCGAAAUGUUGUAAAUUGCGGAUAAUAUAGCCUUGCGAAGUUUGUAAUUUUCAGUCAGUUUGUAUUACGCACGGAAGUGGUAACCAUUUCCCGUUUGUAAUACAAAAUGACUGAAAAUUGCAAAUUUCGCAGAGUUAUAUUAUCCGCAUUUUACAACAUUUCGCAACGAAACUUUGGAAUAUGACUAAUUUUGUAAUGCUCUUUCAAGCUGUGAUGAAGUUUUUGUCUAGACUUGUCGAGUUCAAAAUUUUGAUUAAUAUGGGAUUGGUUCAUUAAGUAUUAGAAUUAUCCGCAUGUUUAAAAAUUGGGGUAAAUAAUCCUAAUGCUUAGUUAUUUUUGUUCUAUUUUAUGCUCUCACAAACGUGAAGAAUAUUAACUAUAGGGGUGAAAGGUAUGAUUUAAUGUCGUUCUUUCUUUUUGUCUUGCAGGAGGGAGAAAUAUCAGACAUUCUUUUGUAUUAUAUUGUAUAUUUUUGUGAAAAUCUUGGCCUCUCGCUAAUACACGCAUGCUUUCGUGAAACGGACCCAUCUAACUUCCCUCUACCGUUGGCGCACAGUCUUAUCUGUAUUGUUCAACAG